UUGCCCAAGCUGCAGAAUCUCGACCUCACCAACAACCGCCUCACCGGUUCCAUUCCGCCCUCCUUCACUCGCUUCACCAGCAUAGUCCAGAUUGAGCUCUACAACAACUCUCUCACCGGCACUCUGCCCCAGGGCUUCUCCAAUCUCACGACCUUGAGGCGUUUCGACGCCUCCAUGAACGACUUGACCGGGACCAUUCCCGACGAGCUCUGUGGGCUGGACCUCAAGUCGCUCAAUUUGUUCGAGAAUCGGAUUCAAGGGAGCCUACAUGAGAGUAUAGCCAGCUCCCCCAACUUGUACGAGCUCAAGCUCUUCAAUAAUCAGAUGAACGGGACUCUGCCCGCUCGACUCGGUCUCAACUCCCCGCUGAUGCGGCUGGCAGGGGCGGAGACACAGUGUUAG